CUCCAUCGAUUGUUCUUGAUUAUUUGAACAAAGAGGUUGUGAAUCCAAAACAUCAACAAUGCACAUUUGUUAAGUUGCAUCACCGUAACUUUAUCUCCAGCGAUCUUCACAUCGGUUUGCUCUUGCAAAUCAAGCUUUGAGGUAUGGAUAUCACUGGAAAAACGAUUUACGUCUCUCUCUCUCUCGAUCUCAUUUACAUCAGCUCAAGAAUCAAUUGAAUCGUCUCUCCAAUAAAGGGCAUUCUGUGGAGGAUUAUCUAGGUCAAGUACAGGCUCUCUUAGAUCGGUUAACUCUGGUCUCCUCUCCAAUUGAUGAUGAAGAUUUAGUGCUUAUCAUUCUAAAUGGUUUACAGAUGAGUACAACGCCUUCAAGACUACCAUUCGAGCACGAGCUGAGUCCAUUUCUGUAGAUUGUCUAUGCUCGUUGCUCUGCUCUGAAGCUGUUCAUGUUGAGUCUUCAGCCAAGCAUUCUGGUUCUGCUAAUGUGCCUUUUGCGUAUGUUUCUAUGAGGCAAAAUUAUUCUCCAUUUGCUAACUCUGACAUCGGAGGUUAUCGUGGUGGCUAUUCCAGAAAUUCCAACAGAGGUGGUCGAUUUUUCAAGGGCAAUCGUAACCGCAGUGGUGGAGGAAGCAAAAUUUCUACUCCAAAUUCUGCCUCUGCUUCUCAUUCUUCUGGUUCUCCUACUGGUUUACUUAUUUGUCAAAUUUGUGUCAAAGCCAAUCACACGGCUCUUGACUGCUGGUACAGAAUGGAUCACAGUUUUCAAGCUCCUUCAUCUGCUAUGAGAGAUGCUACCUUUUUGAAUACGUGAUGAUAUGUUUGCAUAUCGAUAUUAGAGCUUACUGUUGUUACUAAAAUAAGAUAUCAUGUAUAUAUAUAAAUUUUAUUUAUACCGUUGAUACUUUUGUUUUGUUUUAAAUACAAAUUUGAAUUCUUGAAUUAUACAUUUGUAAUGAAUGUUUGGUUAAUACUGUAUUGCUAUAGGACAUAUAUAUUAUUCGUAUAUAUGAUUUUGUGAA